AUGCUGCUGGUGCUGCUGAUUGUGUUCCUGCUGCCCUCUGGCUGUCCUGGACUCCCUUUCUACAAUGGUUUCUACUAUGGAAAUGUCAUGAAUGACAGGAGCCACAGAAAUGGCAAUGGAGAAGGUUUCUUCAAUGGGGUGAAGUUGGUGGUAGAGACACCCGAGGAUCCCUUGUUCACUCACCGAGGUGCCAAUGUGACCCUGCCCUGCCGCUACCACUACGAACCGGCACUGACAUCCUCUCGUCCUGUCCGGAUCAAGUGGUGGAAACUGGGGGAGAAUGGGGCCCCCGAACGGGAUGUGCUGGUGGCCAUUGGGCUGAGGCACCGAAGCUUUGGGGAGUUCCGGGGUCGUGUUCAUCUUUUACAAGAGAAGGAGCAGGAUGUCUCCCUGGUGAUCCGUGACCUGCGCCUACGGGACUAUGGACGCUAUCGAUGCGAGGUCAUUGAUGGGCUGGAAGAUGAGAGUGGUGUGGUGGAGCUGGAACUAAGGGGUGUGGUGUUUCCCUACCAGCCUCCCCAUGGUCGCUAUCAGCUCAACUUCCAUGAGGCACAGCUGGCCUGUGAGAAACAAGACGCUGUGCUAGCCUCCUUUGAGCAGCUCUUCAGGGCCUGGGAAGAAGGACUGGAUUGGUGCAAUGCAGGCUGGCUGCUGGAUGGGACUGUGCAGUAUCCCAUCACCCUGCCUCGGCAGCCUUGCGGGGGGCAUGGCCUAGCACCCGGGAUCCGCAGCUACGGGGAGCGUCACAAGAGGCUACACCGCUAUGAUGUCUUCUGCUUCUCUUCCUCUGUGACAGGACGGGUAUAUUAUUUAGAGCACCCAGAGAAGAUGACGCUGGCUGAGGCAGAAGAGGCCUGUCAGGAGGAUGGGGCCCACAUUGCCAAGGUGGGGCAGCUCUUUGCGGCUUGGAAGUUCUACGGCCUGGACCGUUGUGACGCAGGCUGGCUGGCUGAUGGCAGCGUCCGCUACCCUGUCACCCGUCCCCGGCCUAACUGUGGAUCCCUCAAUCCUGGUGUGCGAAGCUUUGGCUUCCCUGACAAGGAGAGCCGGAAAUACGGGGUCUAUUGUUACCUACAGAGCUAG